GUAGUACUUGUUUUCACUGCGAAUGGUAAUACGCAAAAACAUACACAAAUUGCGAAUUUGUUAUUAUAAAACUAUUUUGUGAACAGUUCAAAGCCUUUAUGUAAUAAGCUAUGGACUCCAAGCGUGAGAGAAAGUCUUCUCUGGCUCCACUUUCGCCAUGUCCGAUUCCAGAUAUUACGGACGAUGAGCUCGUAACGAUUUCCGUGCGGGAUCUCAAUCGAACGCUGAAGAUGCGUGGACUAAACCGGGACGAGAUUGUGCGAAUGAAGCAGAGGCGUCGAACGCUCAAAAAUCGUGGCUAUGCAGCCAGUUGUCGAAUCAAGCGCAUUGAACAGAAAGACGAACUGGAGACGAAAAAAUCAUAUGAAUGGACUGAGCUGGAGCAGAUGCACGAGGAUAACGAGCAAAUCCGCCUGGAUGUGGGCAACUGGAAGAACAAAUACAAGGCACUGCUGCAGUUUGCCAUCCAAAACGAUAUACCCAUUCCGAGCGAACUGGAGGGCUGCUGAGAGCACCAUGGACACGAUCACAUUCCAGUUCCAGUUGAAAAUGAAAUCAAAAACACCUGUAACCAUAGUACAAUAGCUGGAAUUUGAUUUGUAAUAACUACUCAAUUUUACCUUUUAAUAAACAAUUGUAUACGAA